GCACACAGUACGAAGAAAGCCUUGCCUCGAUAUCCAAGUCCCCAGAUCUAUCUCUGGACACGGUAACGUCUAGAACUUGCUUCCAUCUCAUCUUGGUGCAAGCCUCCAAAAAGGACAACUUGUCACAUAAUACCGGGGCUUUCAGCCACUGGACCUUAUUUUUACUCCUCCUGCCCAUUCACUGCUUUGCAGGCUUUAAUCCAACAAUCGAAUGCCCGUUCCGAUCUUCCAUGCUUCCUAACUUGCUCUUCCUAGCUGCCCCGUUGGUGCUCGUCGUCUGACCGCGCCUUGCGCUGCCUGCGCCCCUGACUACACACACAUCUGCCUGACACAUAAACGUCUCGUUUAAACCGUCGUUAGAUUCCACGAUACGCUUUGUAAUUCGAACACACUCUGGUCUUUCGCAACAACCUCCCCGUCAUGGUUCGCUUAUCAUCGACGCUGGCCUUUGCGGCCGGCUUCCUAUCAACGCCGUCAAUGGUCUCGGGCCUCUCAACGUCGGACAUCCCAGCCGACACCCCCAUCUCUGCUCUCCUAGCCUCAGCGCAAAGUCACCUGUCAAAGGGCGAAACGAACGACGCCCUCGUCUACUACGAUGCUGCUAUCGCCAGAGAUCCCUCCAACUACUUGACCUUGUUCAAGCGCGCCACAACCUACCUUUCUCUCGGCCGCAGAUCACAGGCCACCGAUGAUUUCGAGAAGGUGCUUUCGAUCAAGCCAACUUUCGAGGGUGCGCACCUUCAGCUAGGAAAACUGCGCGCCAGCGCCGCCGACUGGGACGGAGCAAAGCUUCAUUACAAGAAGGCCAAGAAGACAGAGGAGGUUGCCGCAGUUGAGGCGGCCAAGGCGGCGGCAAAGGCUGCUGAAGCAGCAGCCAAGGCUGGGAACUGGGAAGAGUGUGUCAAGCAGGCCGACGAUGCCAUCCUGACGGCGAACAGGGCGAUUCACUUGCGCGAGCUUCGCAAGGACUGCGCGUUUGAGAGGGGAGCCGUGGAAAGGGGUAUUGCUGACCUGCAGCACAUCCUCCAAAUGCAACCUGGCAACACGAAGCCACACGUCCAGAUCUCAGCCAUCACAUUCUACGCGCUCGGAAACCUCGAGGACGGCGCGACAGCUAUCAGGAAGUGCCUGCACUCUGACCCUGACAACAAGGUGUGCAAGCGGCUGUUGAGGGAGGAGAAGGCGACCAUCAAAGUCAUGGAGAAGGUGAAGAAGGCCUUGGACAAGGGGCAGCAGAUGACUGCUGUACGGCAACUCGUACCUACGAGCGACAGUGAAGGCUUGAUCAAGGAGGUGAAGGACCAGAUCCACAGUCUGCGGGAAGAUGGCUCGAUACCGAAGGCAGCUCCAAAUGAACUGCUUUCAAGGUUAGUUGAGAUGGCGUGCCAGGCGUAUUACGAGACCAACAGCAAAAAGGCCAAGGAAUACUGCGAAGAGUCCCUCACUCUAAAUGAGAACUCUUUCUUUGGUCUUCUCUACAAGGCCAAACACCUCCUCGACAAGGAAGAGUACGAAGCUUCCAUCAACACUCUCCAAAAGGCUGCCGAGGCUCGCCCUGACAAGGAAGACCUUGUCAAUCCUCUGAUGCAAAAGGCCCAGGUUGCCCUCAAACGCUCCAAGACCAAGGACUACUACAAGGUCCUUGGUGUUGCUCAUGACGCCGACGAACGCCAGAUCAAGUCUGCCUACCGCAAGCUCUCCAAAGUUCACCACCCCGACAAGGCCGCCAAACAAGGGCUUACCAAGGAGGAAGCCGAGAAGAAGAUGGCGAGCAUCAACGAGGCGUACGAGGUUCUCAGCGACCCCGAGCUCAGGGCACGGUUCGACAGGGGUGACGACCCGAACAGCCACGAGCAGCAGCAGCAGUAUCACCACGGGCAUCCAUUCGGAGGUGGCCACCCAUUCAUGUACCAGCAAGGCGGCAGCGGAGGCGGUGGUGGACAACAGUUCCAUUUCAAGUUUGGUCCUGGAGGAGGGUCAGGGUUCCCAUUCGGGAUGUAGUUUGGUUAGUUGCUUUGGUAGUAAUGAAGAGAGGGUUACUCUUGGAAGAAGGUCUUCCGUUGUCUUGGGUUUGCAUUGUGUAUGGUUGAGCAGGGGGUGUAUUUGGGUGUAUCGUUUGAGGACUAUGUCUGGGACUUGUCAUACACCCGGGAGGAGUGAGCCCAGUUCAUUCCCAGUGCUUAUAGGAUGGCUUAGUAUUUAUAUAUCACCACCCUUUACAGUGUGCCCGCUCGAAAAACAACCUUGAUCAUAUCUCAUCGAA